AUGGAGGAGUUUCAUCUCUGUCUGGAAGAGGCAGAAUUAUUUGACAUUUCGUAUCAAGGAUGCCAAUUUACUUGGAUACAGAAACCUUCGGGGGGAGAUGGUGUUAUGCGCAAACUUGAUUGUAUCCUGGGAAAUUCUGCUUUUAUCACUAAAUUUGGGGAUGCUUUGGUUUUCUUUGAACCAAGGGGGAUAUCUGAUCACUCUCCGGGUAUUCUUUCUUCUAAAGUUGGUAGACGUCUUCGCCAGAGUGGCUUUAAGUUUGAUAAUUUUGUGACAUCUCAUAAGGAUUUCCUUGCUUCUAUGGAGGAGGUGUGGAUGAAACCUCAGAGAGGAUCUUAUAUGAAGAGGGUGCUUCGGAAAUUGCAAGCUCUGAAGGUGGUUUGUCGGCGUCUCYGAAAUUCGUAUGGUUGUUUGGAUAAAAGGGUAGUUCAGUUAAAGAUGGAACUUGAUGUCGCUCAAUUGGCUUGUGAUCUAGACCCGUUUAAUGACUUGCUGAAGGAGGACAUUGCUCACCUCUUGUUAGCAUAUCAAAAAGCUAGAAAUGAUCAAGUGGAAAUGGCUCGUCAAAAAGCGAAGAUAUMUUGGCUCAAUGAAGGGGAUGGAAACUCUAAAUUCUUUUUUCAUGCUAUGAAAGAAAAGCGCAAUCGGAGCCAUAUUGCUACUAUAAGGGAUUCUUCUGGUACAGUUUAUGACCAUCAGAAGGAUGCUUUGUUUGCCAUUGGGAAUGAAAAGGCCCCAGGCCCUGAUGGGUAUUCUUCUAAAUUCUUUAAAGCAGCUUGGAAUGUGUUUGGUAUGGAUGUUCUCAUUGGGAUACAAAAUUUCUUCUAUUCUGGAACUUUGGAUUAUCAGCUGAAUCAUACUCUUCUUUGUCUUGUGCCGAAGGUUCCUAAUGCUUCUUGUGUUACUGAUUAUCGGCCAAUUGCCUGUUGUAAUGUGUUGCUGAAGUGUAUUAGUAAAGUUAUUGCUGACCGGAUGAAAGGAUCGCUGGAUGUUCUUGUUAGCAAGGCUCAAUCUGAUAAUAUCUUAAUGGCGCAUGAACUGGUCGCUGUUUAUCAGCGUUCUGAAGGGGAACGAAAAUGUGCUUUUAAGAUAGAUAUUCGUAAGGCUUAUGACACAGUUGAUUGGCAGUUUCUUUUAGAGAUGCUGAAAGGAAUGGGUUUUCAUCCAGUCAUGAUUAACUGGAUCAAGACCCUGAUCACUUCACCCUCUUACUCUAUUUGUGUUAAUGGACAGCUUUUUUCAUGGUAA